GGGAGCGCGCCUGUGCUCGCGAACAGGAGCGCGCGCAGGAGCCACACUGAAGCAGAGCGGGGAGCAGCGGGAGCGCGAAGGAGCAGCGGCGGCGGCGCGGCGACAAUAGAAAGGGGGAAAAAGGCUCUGAAGGCGAAUCGGCGCCUUUCAUCUGCGCGUAAAAGCGCGCGGCGCGACGGAGAGCGAGGGAUCUCCAGCGUUCAACUUCCAGUGUUCGUCAUCCUCUCCUGCCAGCGGGCUGCGCAUGCAGAGAGCUAGGUGGUCCUGAGGAUGAGGAUGCGCGCGCGCUGCCUGUAGCCCCUCUGUAUCUCUUCUCCUCCGCGGAGCAUCAUCGGAGUGGAUGGUUGGCGAAGGCGCGCGGGGACUGCAUUAUUGAUACAGAGCUGCUGUUUAUCGGUUUGGUGGGGGGCUGUGUAUUGGGGUGUAUGGGUUUGCGCGCUGUGGCCAUGGCCGCUUCUCGCUGUGAGAUGUGAUCUCGGCCGCCUCGGCUGCUGCUGUAGCUGUAGCUGCUGCUGCACGGAAAGCGGAGGAGGAGGAGGAAGAGGAGGAAGAAGAGGGGGAAUUGGAGGAAGAGGGGAAAGAAGAGGGGGAAGAAGGAAGACAGGUCUGACUGGAUUGUAUUCUCUUCAUUUUCUUCUUCUGCAGCUGAUCCAGCUUCGGUUGUCCAUCGGCUGUGAUGUAAGAUAGGCCAGUGGAAAGAGGGCACGAGGGGUGAUCGAGGCUCUGACUGACCAUCAUCAGCGUCCAGCAGCGCUGCUGGUGAGGGGGGCGAGCGAGGGGGGCAGGUAGGGGGAGAUAGAGAGAGAGAGGUGCAUUCGUUGGGAGGAAAGGAGAAAUAGAGAGAGAGAAAGAAAGAGAGAGAGAGAGAGAGAGAGAGAGAGAGAGAGAGAGAGAGAGACCCAGAGACACAAAGAUGCUGCCCUCGCAAGAAGCCUCCAAGAUCUACCAUGACAACUACAUGCGCAACUCGCGCGCCAUCGGCGUGCUCUGGGCCAUCUUCACCAUCUGCUUCGCCAUCAUCAACGUGGUUGUGUUCAUCCAGCCCUACUGGAUCGGCGACAGCGUGAACACGCCGCAGGCCGGCUACUUCGGCCUCUUCCACUACUGCGUGGGCGAGGGCAGCUCGAACCGCGAUCUGAAGUGCCAGGGCACGUUCUCCGACUUCAGCUCCAUCCCGUCCGGCGCCUUCAAAGCGGCCUCGUUCUUCGUGCUGCUCUCCAUGGUGCUGAUCCUCAGCUGCAUCGCCUGCAUGGCGCUCUUCUUCUUCUGCAACACGGCCACCGUGUACAAGACGUGCGCCUGGAUGCAACUGCUGUGCGCUGUGUGUCUGGUGUUGGGCUGUAUGAUUUUCCCGGACGGCUGGGACGCAGAGGUGAUUCGGGACAUGUGUGGAGAGGAGACAGGGAAGUAUGCGCUGGGGAACUGCUCGGUGCGCUGGGCCUACAUCCUGGCCAUCAUCGGCAUCCUGGAUGCACUCAUCCUCUCCUUCCUCGCCUUCGUCCUCGGAAAUCGCCAGAGCGACUUCCUGCAAGAUGAAGUCAAGGCUGACAAUAAAGACUUUGCAGUAUCCAGGCAGCCACUGCACCUGACCUCUACUCUCCGAUUGGACGGUAUUGAGAUCCGUGACACAAAGGAUCCUCGUUUCGGAGUGCAGCGAUUCCACUGAAGAGAUGCCACCUCCUUCUCCUCCUCCUCCACUUCCUCCUCCUCUUCCUCGUCCUUCUUUCUUCUCUCCUUCUUCUCUUCAUCUCCUUUACCCCAGUCCUUCUCUCCUACUCCUCUCAGGUCUGCGUCUCUGACUUCAGUUAGGAAGCUGCUCGCUCAGCUCUUUGUAAUAUAGGACUGGCCUGGAGCACACUUCAAGAAGAGAACCUAUUCUACACACACACAUACACAUACACACUUACACGCACACACAUGUUUAAAAAGAAUUCAAAAUCAAGACAAAAAAAAUCAGCUUUACAAAAACCAACAACUCUGGGAAAGUGACACAGUAUUAUUAUUAUUAUUGUUAUUAUUAUUACUAAUAUUAUUAUUAUAUAUUAUUACUAUGACAACAAUGGUACGGUGAUGAUUAUGCUUGCAACAGCAGUAUUAUGUUCAAAUUUACAUAUUUUAUCUAAAAUGGGAAAAAAAGGAAAAUAAUUUCUAGCUUUAAGAUAAUACAUUAUAAUGAAUUAAUGCAUAUGUAUAAGUGCUUGGGUGCUACUGGAGACACAGAUGAAGAAAAAAAUCAAAGCCAAAAAUCAAAAAAAAAAAAAAAAAAAAAAAAUGGAGAAAAAUUUUGUACAGCACAAGAUGUAAUUUUGAAGACCGUCUUUUUUCUGGAAGAUUUUGAACUCCCUCCUUUGUACAUGGGGUCAGCAACAAGAGACUAGUACAAGAGAAAAGAAGUAGUUCAUUUGUAAAUAAUAGAUUUCUGUGGAGACAGGGUACAGACAUGACGCAUUUAUCGACCCAAACUAUAUAUUUCUUCUGCACCCUGGAGUGGAUUUAUCAAAUCUUUCAUCUUUAUCUUUUGAUCAAAUCUAAACUACCAAUUCUCAGAGUUCAUAGCUCCACGCCACGAGGAAAGUCCAUGCUGAAGCUGAAGCUUAAACACCUUAAGAACGUUUCUUUUGGCGUGGAUCUUUUCUCUCGGAGCGUCAUAUCAUUCAGUUGUCUUUUCAUUCUGUCUACUUUUUUGUUUUUAUUUAGAUUUUUUGAUAAACCGUGGGUGGGAGGGGUGGGUGUUGACUAACAAAAAGAUGUUUUUUAGCAUUCUGGUUCUGAUUAUUUCAUGACUGGUUAGUUACUCUCUCUUGUCCGUGUCCUGUUGCAUUCAUUUGAUUGGUUUUUGUUUUGUUGGUUUGUUUUUUGGAUUUCUGUUAAGUCCAUUCUGUCUUGAGGAAAAGCCCUGCAUGCUGCAUUUUACUCAGGCCCGACGUGUGGAGCACUGAUACGUUGUUAUUCACCAUCUCCCAGACCCUACGAGUCGAGCAUCGCUGAGACUGUUUGAUGGCACAGCACAACAGAGCUGAACAUGAUGGGUCAGGAGAGCAUCUCUAGGAGCAUCUAUUGGGCUUUAGGAGAAAAAAGAGGCAAAACAGGCAGACUGAAGUCUGCUCUCAGCAUUAGCUACUAAAUUCACAUUAAACUGAAACAUGUUUUUGUGUUGUGCUACAACCAAGAGACCCCAAGUAUAUGAAUUUUUUUUUUAGUUUUAUGGAAGGUCUGAAACUCUGCACUAGUCUUAAUAAAGGCCAUCAUGACUUAUAUCACAGCCACAUCUGGAAAGACCUUGUUUUUACUUUGAAGUUGUCAUGUUCAAGGACUGAAAUGUCAGAUCUUUUUGGAUCACAUCUGCGCAGUCAUGUGAUUGAUUAGAACAAAAUGACAGUUUUACUGUCAGAUCUGCUAAAAGGUUCUGGCUGAUGGCAGCUUGGUGGUUAAAGGCAGGUCCAAAAUUGACAAAACAGCCCUUAGCUCUGAGUUUCCCAAGUACAUUUUAGUUGCUGCAUUGUUAUCUGAGGGCAUUCAGCGUCAGUACUAGACACAGCAAUCCCUAGCCGGCUCUUUAGGCAGAUAUAGAGAUGGAGAUCUUCGGGGCUUACUGUGCACUUAUAUUACAUUUAUCUAUAUAGAUGUUUAUAUUCAACAUGUGUUUAUAUUGACAUUAAAAAAGGUUGCAUUUUUUUUGGUUUGGUUUGGUUUUCUAAGUUGUAAUUUUCCUCAGCAUCCCUCCAAAUAACCUUCACACAUGUGGUACCAUUGUCCUGCUCCCCAGGUAGAGCUUUGCUUGUACAGAGACUUUCUAUGCGCUCCACGAGGAGGUUUUUCAUUGAUGCUGGGAAUUGCUUCUCGGGUCGUUGCAAAAGGACGGCACACACACUGCACUAAAAACCUGGCGGGGCGGGUCUGGUUAGCACUGUGCAGCUUUGAGGUGGGACAGUUUAUCAAGAUGAAUUCGAACAAGGACACAGAGCUGAAGAGCAAAAUGUGAAUUUCCUCCAUAUGGUGCUUUACCCUUCGCCCUCCCUUCAUCCAUCAAAGGCCCCAUCCCUCCAGCCUCCAACAGCCCGUGGCCCUCUGCCCCGCACCGGAAAGGAGGAGAGGAUGGAUGCUGGGGGAAUAGGUGAACAGUAUAGGAAUAUAAUGGAUGAACAGAACGAGUAAAGGGAGAAGAGUGGUGAAGUCCAUGCCUGGAAAACAGAAGCAAUGAUUCAUUUAUGGACAUGGCAGAAGAGAAACCCUCAGUUAUCCCUACACUUUACACCUUCUCCUUUCUGCCAUACCCCCUCUUCCUCUUGCUGUCGUAUCCACCAGGACUUAUCAGUGCAUCUUAUCAAUGUGUCAAUUUCCUUGCUAAUACAUGAACUUACAUACAGUAAUUGUAUUAUUUUAUUUAUUCUUUCUUUGUUGAGGGUUUAUGCAGGCUCAUGAGUGGCUCUCAGGCCAAAACCCACAGAAGAAUGCCAAACCUUUAGGUCAAUAAAAGUGAAUGUUUGCACUAAGGGUCAGUGUCCAAACCCGAUUCCACAAAACAGUGUUUUCUAAUACAGCUAGGAUGGGUUGCAUAAUAAGUUUUGUCAUAAAUUGCCACACAGAUUGGUACAUCACAACAUGCAAAGUUCUUGUAGACGUGCUGUGAACUCUUCAAGCCUCUGUGAACUAUGCUUAAACAUCAACAAGCCCUUUUUUACUUUCAUUUGCACAACAUAUUCGGGCAUAGGUGCAUUGAAACGGUUAUGGUGAGGCUUAUGAAAAUAACUUUACAGUAAAGUUAGAUACAUAUACAAAUCUACAUAUAUUAAAUAAAACUGAGAAUAUACUAUAUAUAUAAUAAUAUACAGAACUUAAUGUGCCAAAUAAAACUAUACAUAUACUAAAUAUACAAAAAAAUAUACAGAAACAGGAAGGAUAUAGAAAAGAGAACUAUCUACUAUAUACAAAUAAAAGAAAUGCAGCUGAACACAAAUGUAUACAAUUUAUGUUCUUUAUGUAUCUUUACAUUCCACUAUACAGUAACUGUUAUAGCUCAUUAAAAAUCCAUGAUAAUUAUCUGAGGAGGUAGAUCAUCAUUAAAAGCUGUGUCAGAGGAGAAUACAGCAGACUGCAGAGUAAGACUUUCCAGGACUUGGCCUGAGAACCACUAAAACAACAGUAUACUGUCCUCAGGAGUUUUUACUCAGCUAAAAUAUCGGGAUGAUGUGUUUCUUUUUUUAUUUUUGUUUAUUUGUGUGUUUCACAAGGUUGAAGGUCAUUUUCCAGUUUAUGGUUUGAAAUGGAAUAUCAUACAGGCUGGAAACAUAAAGGUGCCAAAAGGGGUUCUUUAGCACUUUUAGCACCCUGAAUAUCCUUUUAGUGGACGGUUCUUUAAAGACCCAGUUUAGUAAGUGGGAUGUGCAAGUGUGAAGAAACUUUUAAAAGUUUAAAGAUCUUCAUGUAAUGAACGAUUAAGCCAAGAACCAGUGAGGAACCUUCUUUAUUUUUUAAUAGUGUGGAUUGCCACACACUGUGGAUGCCAUCUUUUACUAAACCAAGCAAGUAAGAAAGGGAUGCACUGGAGGUUUCAGGCUGUGAAGAGGGUUUAACUGUGCAUAGAGGAGCAUGUUUUACAUUUUUGGGGGCAAUAGCCAUCCAUUAGGCUGCCUUAUGUGCCAGGACUCCACGUGUCCAUAAUAUCUUCAUGCAUUAGCCCAUCCAUUACCUUUAAAUGUCAUCUUUAAAGUGCAAAAGGAAACGAACAGUUUGGGCAAAUGUGCAAAAGAGUGUUUUAUGGGUUUGUUUGUUUAUUUAUUUAUUUGUAUUUUUAAUUUUAUUUAAUUUAAUUUUUGUUUCUUUUGUGCUGUCCUCUAAGAGUACACUGUGCUGACCAUACUGGACAUACCUUAAUGCAUCCAAAACACAUUCAAGGAAACAUGAUUUACUCUUAAUGAUUUCUUCUACUUGUGUAAUUAUAUAUGCUUAGUUCAUAUUGUUUGGCCUAAAUUAAAAGACUAAUGCGUGUAUGGCACAGUUUUGUGCAAUUACUUUUCUUUUGUAUCAUUAUUAUACCUUUAUACCGUUUUAUAUAUAUAUAUGUAUAUAUAUAUAUAUAUAUAUAUAUAUAUAUAUACAUAUAUAUAUAUAUAGUAUGAAAUGAGAGGAUUUAAAAGCUCUCAAUUUAAACGACUGUAAAGUGGCCACUUGCUCAUUUAAACUCAUGACCUGAGAUACUGUAGCCUUUAGCCUUUGCUGACUUACAAAAGCACUGGCAGAGCUCUCGACCAAUAACAUUACCAAAAUGCCCUUAUGCUAUCCUGUUAAUAGGAUUUCUCAGAGAACAAUUUAAGGUGUGCAUUUGGUAUUUAAGUUAUUCAUUAGGUAUUCAUUAUUAUUAGCUCAGAUGUGCGCACUAGUAGUUAGCAGACACGCACCGUCACUUUUUCUCUCACAUUUCUCCUUUCCGAAUUCUUUUUGUAAUAUUUUCCUUUGGAAAAAAAAUUGUGCCAAACGGCGUGAAGCAGACUGCUGUGGGCAGAAAUGACACGACUGAUUUCUGCAGUAUGUAUUUUUUAGUUUUUCUGUGCAUCAAAGUGUUGAAUGCCUUUCUGUUGGAGUUUUUGCUUUUUGCUCUAGUUGUAAAUGUUCCUUUUUUUUCUCUGCUGUUUCUGGGAUGCUGCGAUGUCUCUCAAUAAAUCCAACAAUCAACAACAACAAAAAACAUGUAACGAGAAUGUUUCUGCAAGAUUGUGAAGAGGGGGAGUGAAAAACAGCUGACAUCGUCACCACCACUUAUACAUUGUUGGUGUUGUUGUUUUAAAAGAUGAAAAAUAAAUGAAUUGAAUAUGA